AUGACAUUAGAAUCGAAAUGGGCCACUUCUUCAGAUGAAGAAGAACUGCAACCUCCCAUUUUGGAGUUUCAAAAUAGGAAUAAGAACAAUUCUAAGAAUUCAAAGGGUAAUGGAAAUAGAAAAGCAUUUAAUUUAGAUGAUUUAUCAAAUAAAUUUAAAGGUGAUAAACCAAGUAUUUCGUUUUCUGGCGGGAAACUGACAUCUUCUUCCAACAGUAGUCGCGAUGGCUCGAGACUUAGUAGCAGAGAGAAUAACAAUCAAAAAGGUCACUCGAAUUCAAAGAAAAAUGAAAAGUCAAGAAAUAGUACUCAUUCAAACAGGACUGAUGAUUAUAAGCCUAGUAUCUCCUUUGCGAACGGAAAGAUGUCAUUAUCAGCGACAAAAAGGACUUCUAACAAAAACCAUGACAAUGAAGAAGACUGGGAAGAUGAGGGAAGCUGGGAAGAUGAAAAAGAUAAUGGUGAGAAUUGGGAAGAAGAUAAUGAUUAUAGACAGAAAAGUAAAGACGCAGGAGAUAAUUCUCGAAGUGAAAAACCAAGUAUCUCAUUUGCUGGAGGCAAAAUGUCAAUUUCGAAAAAUGAGAAGUCUAAUAAUAAAAAGGGUUCCGUUCCAAGUAAAGAACCUACUAAGAAUAUAAAAACCCAAAUCUCAUCUACUGAUAAGCUAGCAUUACUGAAGAAGAAAAUAGAGGAACAAAAAAAUAUCUACAAGGACAUUAAACAUAAGAAAGAACAAAAACAACUUCUAAAUGACUUCUUGAAUAAUGAUGAUGCAUUCAAGUGGGAUGACGAACAUGAAGAAGAAGAAAUUCUAGAUCGUUUGAAGAAUAGCAUGAAAAUUUAG